AUGUCAAAACGGUGCAGAGACUGGGAUUCUGAUACUCCCCAAAAACGGAUUCGCACUCGGAACAAUGUUGGGCCUCGUGAUCGUCUGUCUGGUCUAAGUAAUGAGUUACUCCUCCAUAUCCUUUCUUUCCUCCCGGUCUCGUCUCUGAACGUGUGUCAAAGGUUAUCUCGUCGCUUCCAUGCCCUUGGUGGAGACUCCGAGCUAUGGAAGAGGCAAUACUACUCGCAAUGGGUUCGCCCCCGUGCCCGUCGGCUCGCAAAUGCCAGGCGCACAGUCAUGCCGGCCAGAACAGAUUAUUCGCCCAAAGUCGCAACAUGGUUUGACCAUGGCCACUUGGCACAGGAGGGCAAUUGGAAACGGCAGUACCGACUCCGGCAUAAUUGGUCCAAAGGGCUAUGUCGGUUUACUGAGGUUGAGUUUCCUCAGCCACCAUGCUCCCCUGCGCUGGUCAGAUUCUGCGCUGGGGUUGUUUUCACAGCGGACUUGACUCAUGGGCUCCGGGCUUGGACUGCAACAGACUCGGCGUGUUGUCUUGCAAAUGUUCCCUUCUCAAGUCCGUCGGAAACAUCGGCUGCAGCCCCGACGGCGUUGGCCGUAAGCCACAUCCAAGACAAGGUCGAGAUCUCAAUCGGACUAGAAAAUGGCGGCCUCAUUCUCUUCAUUUUCAAUCUGCGGACCUCGAAGCUGGAGCGGCAAUCUUCUCACGUUGGCUGCAACGAUGCUGCCAUCACCGCAAUGGCCCUUUCAUCCCCAUACCUCAUGGUAGUGUCCCAGCACAAGGCCUUGACACUGUACCAUCUGCAGCGAGGCAGUCAUGGAUUAGGCGAUGCCCCCGAGAUCUCUGAGCUCCGCCAGCUUGCGUCUCUCAAAGCAGAGAAUAUCGUUGCGCCAAUGACACUGUCUCUCAGGCCUUCGCCGUCCGAAAUUGUCGCUACUAUUGUGUACAGUUUCUUCCACAUUGGCUGUGGGUGGUCCCUAGGAAUUCAAGAGCUGCGACUAGGUCAGGAUGGACAACAACUUGAUUCGCGAUUGGCUACUACAGUGGAUUCCCAAUAUGGAUUGGGGCCGCUUCACUCCAGAAAACCGCGAUUCUCAGCAGCGGAGUCGGUCGAAGACCAAUUCCCCAAUAGCCUUAGGGCACCGUUCAUCCGACAUCAGCAGCCGCCAACCUCUAUGUCCUAUUCCCACCCGUACUUGCUAACGUCCCAUGCUGACAACACGCUGACCAUGUACCUUGUGGUGUCUACAGCCGACAGUUUGUUUGUCCAAGGCGGCCGGCGGCUUUGGGGUCAUACUUCUUCGGUAUCCGCCGUUCAGGUAACCAACCGCGGGAAAGCUGUUUCAGUGAGUUCCCGAGGAGAUGAUAUUCGAAUAUGGGAACUAGAGACGGUGAUCUCCUCCCUCGGCAGUCGCAGAGCUUUUAAAGAUGAGAACAGCGUUCAGCUCAGCCCUGAAAACAAACAGGAUUUGAAAUCAGAACCCGAGCCAGAGCCAGAACUUGAGCCAGGGCUGGUGCCGACUACGAGCUCCCACAAUUUAGGAAGUGUUUUGUCUCACAUGCCAGGAUGUGUCGGGUUUGACGACGAACGAGUACUGCUCCUUCGAGAGAAAUCAUUGGGAACGCAGCUACUCGAAUGUUACGACUUCACCUAA